CCGCCAAAAUAGUUAUCUGUCAAAAAUACCAAAAUAGUGUAAAACGCAAGAGGUUGUUUUUUAAACUGAAGCAAAUAAUAAAAAAAUGGAAGAAUUACAAAACAAAGUGCCGUGCAGGGAAGAACAGUUAAACGACUUGUUUAAUCUACUCGGAGAAGAUGACGAGUGUUUACCUUGUUCCAUAUUUAUCAGUGGCAGUAUGGCUACCGGAAAAACUUUGUGUGUAAACUCUGUUUUACAAACUUUGAAUUACAAAUACGUUGUUAUCGACUGCAUUGAAUGCUACACACCUAAAAUCAUGUUCGAGAGCAUCCUUUCAGGGUUAGAGGAUGAAGAAACUGAGGUUAAAUGUGAAACUUUGAUGGAUCUCACUAAUAGUUUGAACCGGCUACAAGAGACACAAAUUGGUUAUGAACCGGUAGUUAUAGUGUUCGACAGGGCUGAAAGACUCCGCAGCAUGGACCACAACAUAAUGAGCACAUUUCUGAGAUUACGAGAACUCUGCAACCUUAACAUCUGCACUAUAUUCAUAACACAUCUAGUUUACGAGAACUUCUAUUUCAAAAUGGGUGUUCGCGAACCCAUAAAGAUGUUUUUCCCGAACUACAACAAAGAGGAACUAUUCAAAAUAAUCUUUUUACAUCAAAAGAGUUUCAUUCGCCAUUUACUUGUCACAUAUGAAGUUGACGAUGAAAUUAAAGAGGAAUUGGAAAAACCAGAGUUAUUCGCGAACUUUCUCAAUGCAUUUUUGAGCGUAUUUUAUAGACCGUGUCGCGAUCUGAUAGAAUUGCAGCACAUGGCAUGCGUCAACUUCAUAAAAUACUGCGAGCCAAUAAUUAGGAAUGAGAUAAAUGCUUCCGACUUGUCGAAACUUUGGCGUCACAUCUCCCCAAUUUUAAAAACUAGCUUAGAACUCCUUUACCUGCGCAUCAGUAAUUCUAAUCCAACAAAACCUUCACCUGGUAAGGAGAAUAGUGACUCUGGUUCCAUAUCAAAUCAUAACUUCGAAAACACAUUGAAAGAGGAGUUGACAUCAACAAAAACGUUUGCACAAAGCUUUGAACUGCCGUACUAUGCUAAGUUCUUACUCAUCGCCUCAUACUUAGCCAGUUACAACCCACCGAAAGAGGACAAAAGACUGUUCAUGAAACAUCACGGGAAACAACGGAAGAGGCUUCAGCAAGUCAGAGCAAAAGCUAAAAUAACUGAGAAAUUGAACACACAACUCGGGCCUAAAGUAUUCACUCUAGACCGCUUAUUGGCAAUAUUUUACGCCAUAUUGGAAGAAAAGAUCGGCUUAACAAGUAACUUGCUCGCUCAAAUAGCUACAUUAGUGGAAUUGAAGCUGAUUGCGGGCAGCAAAGAGAUAGAUCUAGAUACAGCAAAGUACAAAUGUAUAGUUGGCUACGAUUUUAUAUCAGCAGUCGCACAAACUGUCGGUUUUAAUGUUAGGAAGUAUUUGUAUGAUUUUAUGUGAUCUGAAUUUGUGUUUUGUAUUAUUUAUUGGCAUUUUUAUUAUACAUACAAUGUUUGGAGAAUCAA